AAAAGGAAAUGAAUAGAUGUUAUUUUGCAUAAUGUCUGCACUAAGUUAAAAGCUAAACCAGGAAGGAAGUUACCAUCACUGUGCUAGAUGGGAGUGCUUCAGUGACAUGUGCUUGCUUUUGAGAAAACCAGUAGUCUUCAGAUUAGCACUAGGAAUAAUUACCGUGUUUAUUUUGUGUUUACCCGAAUUUUUCAAAAUCCAUGAAGCUAACACUGUAAUGGUGUCAUGCAUGGAUACCUGUUCAUCAAGUAACAUCACUUUUCCACUUUGUACUUUUAAUAAUUCUUAUGAAAGAUCAGUGAAACUAAGAAGAGAACACCAGACUAUUUUGCUGAAGGUCACUGUAAAUAAUUCCAGUUUCCAGAAUAUUCCAUAUAUUUGCCAGUCGUCCUGGAGGGAACAACAGUCCCACUCUGAACAGACAGAGUGUGAAUCUAGGAGGGAUGUGAAUGUUGAACAUCAAGGAUCAGGAUCAAAAGCUGAAAAAACAGAAGGCUCGUUUGAAGUGAAAACAGAAAAUGUUACUUAUUUUUAUAAAUAUUUUAAUUUCACUACGGUUUCCAAGAAAGAAGUGGAGCAUAAUACGAACUACGUGGUGGAAAUCCACAUUAACAAUUCUAUAGCUGGAGGACGAAAUGCAGCCGAUGAACAACUAAAUCAUUCUUGUCUCUUGGCAAUGAUGGAAGAACAAAAUGACUGUAUAAAUAUUUCACUGCAACUGAAGUCUUAUAUGGAAUAUCCGAUGUGUAUGGUGAAGAUCACUUGGCUCAUUAUGAUUCCAGUAGUUUUUGUAUUUACUGUUUCAAUUGUCAUCUACAAAAUAGUCCAAGAAAAUAAACAGAACUAUUAUAAACAGAGAGUAGCAACAUCAGUUUCUACUGUGCUGAGAAGAAAGGGUUCCAGGCAUGCAAGAAGAACUGUAUCUGCUGGUAAAAUUCACCCUUUUCCUGUAGUAAAAACCAGCAAACAACAGAUUCCACUUCCUGCGCAGACCACAAAGAUACUGCCUGUAAUUCCUGAGCAAGAGCAUUGUCAUGUGGAUCAGCUGUAGAAGGGAGAAUCUGUGUUACAAGUACUGCACCUGAAAUGAAAGCUGAGUACAGAGGCUGAAAAAAUGCAAAAAAAAUCAAAUUCCAAGAACUGCCAAAGACAGUCCUAGCCUACAUCAGCUUGAUAAAGUGUGGGUUUUUCUCUGAAAGAGGAGGUGGGAUGGAGAUGAGAAGUAUGUACCAGGGAGCUUCUUGAUCAAACCCAUCAUCUUUGUAUCACUGACAGCUGCUCCCCUGAAGCAUGUGCAUUUCAGACCACUGAAACGAGCCUCAGAUAAGGAAGGGUUCUAGGCAGAGCUAGAAACCUGAGAGAGCUCCACUGGGGAUACUGCUAAUGUCUGCCCUUCCCUGCCUCAAAACUAGCUUCUGUCUGGUUGGUGAGAGUUACCUCAAUGCCUGCCCUGAAUCAGACAGGCAAGAUGAGUUAUGCUUUUCCUCAUCUUCAGCCAGCUGGAGCUGCACUCAGAGAAAUCAUUAAGUGUUUGAUUUCUCUGUCAGGAGACUACCUACACAGCAGCUGUGGUAGGUGUAACAGCAGUUGUGAGGAGGAGGAAAUGUAAAAGCAAGGAUCACUCUGAUCACGAUCAUUAUAGCUAAUGAGCUGGAGAACCUGAUGAUGGCCUCAGCAGUGGCCCUUAACACAGCACAUUUUAAGAUGAAAAGCUUAAAAACUUUUUUUUUAGCCAAAGGAAUGGUCAGGAGAGACCUAUUUGCAUAUUCUUUGCUUAUUGCUCCAGUCUGCAAAAGUGAGGUAUUGCUUUUACUAGUAGAUUGAGAGAGAUAUCAAUACACAUCCAUAGAGAGAUAUCAAUUACACAUCACAAUUUUCCUGGUUUUCUUUUUAUGUCAAGAAAAAGACAUUUCUUUCUAUAAAUGUAUUUUAAAAGUCUUUAGACUUAAGACAACACUGUUGAUUAUAAAAUGUAAAUAUAUUGAUAAACAUAUGACUGUAUCUGUGUUGCCAUGUUUAUCAAUAUACUUAGAUCGAAUUGUGCAGUAUAUCUCUAUCUGUAUGUGCACACAGAAAUGCACCCAAAUGCUUUGUUAUUCACUAUUGCACUGACAGCUAAUUCAGCUAAUAAAAAAUGCACCAACUUCUGCA